UCAGUAACCGCGUAAGUCGCACGAUGACCGCACGUGUGCUGAUUGCAUAACAUCAUUCCGAACGGCGCUCACGUUAAAGUUUUAUUCAUUUGUUUAUAUAAUCUGUGGAUUUAUUGAACGCUUUGUGGAUUCUGGAACGAAACAGGUACAACAGUGGAGGAUAGUGAAGUGAAUUGUGCUCUCUUAAAAAUGAUUCAGUGCUCGCAGUUUCAUAGUACUUACGUUAUAAUUUGAUAAAUGAUAUUGUGGAUGAAGAGCCUGCGAUAAAAGACAACAAUAUAGAAAUACAUCUAGCAAUGACAAAAAUUUGUUAAAGGAUGGCGUUAACAAAUUUUACGGUAGCUGCUGUAAAUGCGGCGACGCCAGCUAUUGCUGCAACAGCGCCUACACCUCUUCAAGUGAACCUUGAUGACCUGCUUUACUCUCCAGAAGAACAUCAAGUUCAAUAUGCUUCAGAAUACACUGGUAACGAACCCUUCUUACCACCAAGUCAAGCACAACCAAAAAGACCUAAAGUUAGAAAACGCGCCGGCACUGCAUAUCUCCCACCUCCUAAUCAAUUUACUCAAUACCCACGUCAAAAUAAUGUUCCACAUAAUCCUUUCAACAAUCCAUUACAUCCUCAAAUGUAUAAUCCAAAUUCGAGGCUCGAUAUACCUGUACAAAAUCAAAGGGUCCAGGAAAUAAACAUGCAAUAUGACAACAACGGUCAAUAUGUACACGACCCGACUGGUGAUUAUGAUUACGAGCAAAGACGGAUAGACAAGAAUGCUGGUCAAGUUCCGUCUUACCCAGGAUUCGCGGAUUUGCCGUAUCAACCGUCGAACGUACCUGGCCAAACUUCUAGUCGAAAGUUCGAAGGAAAUUCGAAUCAAAACGUUAAUAAAUUUAGCUUCGGUUCUGUAACGACAGCAGCACCGUCUCGAAAGCAAAAUGAGGCUGGAAAACGUAUUAAUAAUAGUGGAAGUAGUGGUCAAACACCUCCGGACACUCCGAGAGGUUUCACCAAAGUUGAAACAGGGAGCUCGGGAGGCAAGACGCAGUUACACGCAGUAUUGGACUAUGAUGACGACGAGUAUUACGACGAUGGUGGUUCAGAUGGUAUACAGCCAUCCGUGACGCCGCUCCAAGGGCCAAUACUGCUAAGAAAUGGUACCGUCCCAGUGGUACCCCUCACCUCAUACCCCACGGUCAACAAUGGUUCCUUUUAUCAAAUACCUAUCUUAUGGACUGCUCUGUCACUGGCGCUCGGCUACGAAAUCCAAGGUCAAAUCAUCAGAGGAGUGCCAUGUGUGAAGCGAAACUUUCAACUUUAUUGUCCAACGGCUGGCAACACUUAUCCUUUAGACAAAAUCGAAACCUUCAUCGACGAGAACAAAGCUUUAAUCAAACGUAUGUAUGGGUCGUUCACUAUGCCUGGUGGGAGCAGGGUUCGGAGGGCUCCAGGGGUACCAGACAUGCACGCUGGUAUGGACUCGCAUUCUGGAGAUUCGUACUUCAGGCACGUGCGGCAGGCGAAACCACCCCUGCCUGACGCGCAGUCGGUUAAUAGUACUGGCAGAAUAGACGCCUGUGAAAGUAAAACCGAAAUUAUGACACCGUAUUGGGCGCUAAAUUCUGGACGGAAGUUACGUGCAAUAGUCAACACUAUGCAUUUUGAACAAGCGAUACAUCAAGAAGUGUGCAGCAAACAAUCAACAUCUAGAUGUUCCGGCGACUGCGGCUGUGAACAGAAGUACAAAUGGCAUCGCCUCCUCGCUUACGACCCCAGUGACGACUGCGCGGGAAUCUUUAUGGAUUGGUUCUUAUUCCCUUCCUGUUGUGUGUGCCGUUGUAAACCUUAAACUUUAUGACCAUAUACAAGUUAUGGACUACUCUGUAACGGUGUAAAGAUACUCUACGGGAGACAUGAGAUUUAUUCAAAUUAUGUAUUCAAGCUAGCCAGCUCUCAGCAAAUCAUAGAGUUUUAUUGACAAUUUGUCCAAGUGCUAUUUUUUUUUUAUUGUAUAACAUUAUCUUAGAAUACUAUGUAUUGCUUUCAAAGUUGAUUGGAAGUUAAAUACGAGAGAUUGCACUACGUUAAUUUUAACGAUUUUUUCACUCUAUUAGUUGAACGACCGCAACUUGUGAUUUUGUAACAACUCGCAUUUAGGAGUUCCACAUUUGCAUACCGUAUAACUUAUUCAUUGCAACAUAUUUCUCAGGGUAAAUUACGUAAGUUGAAUGCUUUAUUACUGAUGAUUUCCGGUUCUUAAAGUUUAGUUAGUAUUUUUAAAACUACUUCCAAAACCAGCAGCUUAUUAAACUUGGUCAAGGCAAUAAUUGAAUCGUUUGAAUUCAAUAAAAUUUUAUAAUUAUUACACAUUGAUAUGACAUAGUACGUAUAUAAAUAUCUACCAACAUUAUUAACAUCAACAUAUUUUGACCUCUAUAUUUUUUUUUGUAAUUUAUACUGUAUUUUGUGGAUGACGCUGCUUUUUUACUCUGUGACAAAAUCAGCAUCUCAUAAAAAUUACCUAUUUAAUUUUAGUCAAUUAAUGGUUUUUUAUGUUCCAAUUGUAUCUCAUAAUAUGUUUAUUGUACCUUUGUAGUUGUUAUGUGUAUAAUAUGAGUAUUAUUUUUCUUAUGAACAUCAUUUUUAUCUUUGUGAUUUUCGAGAAUCUCUCUGAUCUUAUGACUUGUAUACCUACUCCUAGUGUUCAUUAGUUUAAAUAUUCUUGUAAUAAUUAUUAUUGUUAAAUGGCUACUUAACUUUAACUGUGUUAUCUUAUGUUACAUUAGCAUCAUAGCUAUAUCGUUUAAUUAUUGUACAUCUUUUAAGCUUAUUAUAUAAAUUUAUUUUUAUUUUAAUUGCUUUAGUUCUGUAUGAUAAUAGACCUAUAAAAGUUUCAAAGGAACGUCUAUUUUUGUCUUCACACAAUACAUGUGCUACAAUUAUUGUUUAAAUUUUUAAAUAAAUAAUGCAUACA